AUGAACUUCACAUCCACCCUCCUAACCAGCCACGAAACCCUCUACCGCGCCUCCACAACAGCAACCUUCCUCGCCGCCGCCGCGCGCGGCAAAGGCGCAGGCCGGUUCCUCGCGCUGCUGGACCUCCCUGACGUCGUCGAGUCUUCUUCCCGUCACGAUGUCUCUGGUCACGAUGCUGGCUCUCCCGCAGUGACGGACAAAGCGGCAGACAGAGCGACGGCAACCGUGACAGAACGACUCCUCAACUGGCUCAUCGACGCGCUCGUCAACGUCCGCCGCGAGGAGAGAUUCUUCAUCGACGUCGCCGCCCGCUUCGGUAUCGACGUCAACUUGCCCACCGCGCCCACUUCCGAGAGAGGCAGCAGUGCCCGCCGGCGGGUAAAGGACGAAGACAAAAACGCAGGCCUCCUCGCCUUCGAACGCCUCUUCACCUCCAUCGCCACCGCACCUCCUCGCAGUGUCCUCCUCCCCUGGCUCGCCCCCGCCGUCCUCUUCUGGGCGACGGAGAAGUGCUACCUCGAAGCCUGGUCCGGCGCGAGGGACAUGCUUCCUUGGUCCGUCUCUGCUACCUCUGCCUCUGGCACCUCUGGAAAAGACACGGCCUCGGACUCGGACGGCGGCGCCCUGCGGACAGAAUUUAUCCCCAACUGGAGCAGCCCCGCCUUCAGAGCCUUCGUAGACGAGCUAGCCGCCAUCGUCGACGACGGCGUCGACGAAGCGGUCCGACUGCACGGCGAGGAGGCCGUCGGGGACGAGAUCGAUCAGGCUCGGCACAUGUGGAGAGAGGUUCUCCUGGCGGAGAACGACUUUUGGCCCGAGGAGAUGGAGGAGGGCGGUUUGCGAAGGGUUCCCUCUGCUUAA